CGGAAAGGGUCACUCACAUGAGUGCGGAGUUUGGGGUAGAAGCCAGUUCAAGACGCUGAAUCGUAUUUGUACAAUCACUUUACUGCAUUUGAAUGAUGCUACGGACGCUGUGUCGGGCCGGAGGAGCCAUUUUACAGCAAACCCAGCGGACUGCACCGAGGUUGUGGGUGACACCAGCGCAGCAGAGAUGGGCGUCCAACUUACCCAUGAACACUUUGAUCCUGUUUGUGCCCCAGCAGGAAGCCUGGGUUGUGGAGAGGAUGGGUCGCUUCCACCGGAUCUUAGAGCCGGGUUUAAAUUUCCUCAUUCCCAUACUUGACCGAGUUCGCUAUGUGCAAAGUCUCAAAGAGAUAGUGAUUGAUGUCCCAGAGCAGUCUGCAGUAUCUCUAGAUAAUGUGACACUACAGAUUGAUGGAGUGCUUUACUUAAGGAUCCUAGACCCUUUUAAGGCCAGUUACGGUGUGGAAGAUCCAGAAUAUGCCGUCACACAGCUGGCACAGACCACCAUGCGUUCAGAACUGGGCAAACUCACACUGGACAAAGUGUUCAGGGAAAGGGAGUCCCUGAAUGCCAACAUUGUCCACUCCAUCAACCAAGCUUCAGAUGAGUGGGGAAUUCGUUGCCUCCGCUAUGAAAUCAAAGAUAUUCACGUUCCACCUCGUGUCAAAGAAUCCAUGCAGAUGCAGGUAGAGGCUGAGCGUAAAAAGAGAGCCACAGUGCUGGAGUCUGAGGGGGCGAGGGAAGCGGCCAUUAAUGUCGCAGAGGGUCGUAAACAAGCUCAGAUCCUGGCCUCGGAGGCUGAAAAAGCAGAGCAGAUCAAUAAAGCGGCUGGUGAAGCCCAAGCUGUAUUGGCCAAAGCUGAGGCAAAAUCUAAGGCCAUCCGUCUUCUGUCAGAGGCUCUGACUGAGCAGAAUGGAAAUGCAGCAGCCUCACUAAGUGUGGCCGAGCAGUAUGUGUCUGCUUUCUCAAACCUCGCCAAAGAAUCCAACACCAUCCUUCUGCCCUCUAAUACUGGGGACAUCAGUGGAAUGGUCACACAGGCCAUGACCAUUUACAGCACGCUGGCAAAGACAAGCCCAGUAGUAGCAGCAGAAGUGGUGGAGGAGAAGACUGAAGAGCUUCAGAAUCAAUCGGCAUCGACUCAAUAGCAGAGGACUCAAAAUGGACUCAGAGCAGUAAAUGACACAGCACCAGAGGAAGCAGUUUAAGUUUCAGUUAUCGGGGGCUCCAAGGCAUCGCUGGGUGACGGAAGUUCACACACCUUUUACUGACAGAAUGAGAAGAAAAAACUGCCAACUUCAUGAACUCUUCCAUUGUUGUGCCUUGGAGUCCUUGGAAAAUCACAUCUUUUGUAUGAGGAUUUCUAAUCUUCACUGACUCUUGUUUAUGUUCAGUUAUUGUCAGAUUGGGAAAUAAACAACAGCCUCCAGCCAAGUAUACUCAUAGCAGUGACUUAAAGGAUUUUGAAUGUGACUGCACUACUACUUUGGUUAAAACAUUUAGUCGUUUAAUGCUUUCUUCUCUUUUCCAAGCUGUGUUCCAGUUCUGGCCCAUUUUCAGGUUCUGUGGGUUCGUUAGUAUUAAUCACAGUAAGCUCAGGUGAAACAUCUGCUUUCUUGUGGCUUGUUUACAGGAAUCUGUGAUAAUUCUUCAACUGUCUUCGGCAUCUUUUGGGACCAGCAGCUUUUAAGUUGCUACAUGUGAUGUCUGGCUGGAUGCCUCAAAAUGGUGGGAAGUGUAGUAAAAGUGUAGUUAAUUCAUAAAAUUGGCCUUCUCUCCCUGAAAAGCGAAACCAAUAGUUGCUUGAAAAAUAGUCUGGAGAAAGUGUAAAAUUAUUCAGAAAUAAUUUUCUUCUUGCUAAUUAAUUAGUUUAAAAAGUCAGCCCCAGGAACAAAUGUCCCCAUUAUCUUCAUAGUUGUGUUCACCUAUUAUGUCUUGUGGGUUAUAUUUAUUAAGUUUCAUGGCUCUCUGCAAAGACAACAAGUUUGUAAUUUCAUGGGUUUCUUUAAAACUUAAAACAGGUUUAUGGAACAUGAUGCAACAUGAAAUAGGCACAUCUGAGUAUGUGUCAUUUGAGACUCUCAAGUGAAGUCUCUUCUUCACUUGAGGUUUAUGGAGGUGGAAGAGGGAUGAUGUGAAGCACUUAUGUUAGAGGAAUAUGGUGUGAAACAACUCAUGAGAAACUACAUGACUUCUUCAAAUGAAAUGUGUGGAAAAUGUUAAAAAGAAAAACUCCCAGUGUAAUAAAAUAAAGAAACUUGUUACCUUG